UUCAAAGCCCAGCUGCCUCGGAUAGCACAGCAUUAGUUAGCUGGGUGGUGGAGGAGCUGCUACUGAAGCUGCUUCUGCUGAAAAUAGAGAAUUUCCAAGGGUUUCUCUGAACCAGAAUCAAUAUCUGGAGCUUCAUUCAGUAGAGCUGGGGACGGAGCUCUGCUUGGCUGUAGACGGUUCAUUUUUCCUGGGUUCGUUUCGUUUUCUACGCACCAGAAGGUGAAAGUAGGUGGACAGGAGAUCUCCCUGUAUUCCUGGACCUCCCCUGAAAGGAUUGAUUAUUGACAAUUUGGUGGGUGAAGCGAAGGAAAAGAAGGAAGAGAAAGAAAGAAGAGGAGGAAAGUGCUGCAGGACGGAGUUUGUACCUUACCCAUUUACGUUAUUUGCACGGGAACCAGGCACUGAAGCCAGACAUUGAAGACUACCUACCUAAAGUGUACAGCGGUCACGGCUCUCAGUCGACACGGUUCUAAGCCUUUCUUACUGGUUAAUCGUCGCUAGAUGGUUGUGCUAUUGUCUUGCAGCUGCUGAAGAGGGAUGUUUAGCAAGUUUUUGAACGUAUAUUCAGUAGCAGGCUACUUAGUCCGGACUGCUGAGAGAGAGGGAGAACACAGCCUUUAAUGGUCGGUCUCGGAGGCAACCUCUAACAAUGGGAUUUCAGAAGUACUGAAGAGUCUGCGACAAAAGACGAGGGAAGAGAGCAAGUCAGGAGAACAAAAGGAAAGGGUUGCAGGGAAGCUGGAGGCACUUUUCAAAAGGGGAUCAGUCCUUUCGGGCCCGGCAGGGGGUGUGCAUGCUGCCCCCUCAACUGGACAUCCUCUUUUGUGCCAGCGCAAGAAAACAAAAGCAAGUAUGCUCAAUAAACUAAGAGAGUUCCGGGAUGCGGGAUCCUGCUGCUGCCACCCCACGCUGAGUUUUGGGGGCAGGACUACGCCAGCUUUGCUCCUGCUGACGGUAAUGCUAGCAGGGGCCCAAGCGUCAUGGCCGCAAGGGCCUGUGGAAGUACUGGGGGACAUCGGGCAGUUGGAGGCUUCCAUGCACUCAGCGGUACUCUCCGACCUCAAGGAAGCAGAAGCGGCUGUAGCGACGGCAACCGAAGCAUCGCAACCAAGCGGGUUCCCGGACUCCUCCGCCGUGGUGGGACGGGUGUUCCAGAUGCGAAUCCCCACCAAAGCCAAGGACUCGAGUAGCAUAGUCAAGGUUACGGAAGCAGGCAAAGACACCCUACCAGCAUGGUUACACUGGGAACCAAUGAGCAGCACCCUUCAAGGACUUCCUCUGGAGGUAGACAAGGGUGUCCAUUACAUAUCCAUCUCCAUUACGAAUUCAAGUCGUGUAUCCCAGAGCCCAGAUGUAUUCUCCAUUGAGGUUCAUCCAGAGGAACAUGCUGACACUGAUCCCAUUCAGUUGGCAGUCCAGUCCGACAUCAACGAUUCUCAACCUUUCGUCUGCGGCAACGAAGAGCCCGUCACCGUGCUCACCGUCAUCCUGGAUGCGGAUCUUACCAAGAUGAGUUCCAAGCAGAGAGUGGAGCUUUUGGCCAAGAUGAAAAAGUUCUCAGGGGUGGGGCUCCAGCACAUGAAGAUCUUGCCUGUUGUCAACAACCGUUUGUUUGACAUGUCCGCUUUUAUGGCUGGACCAGGAAAUGCCAAGAAGGUAGUGGAGAACGGUGCUCUCUUAUCCUGGAAACUGGGUUGUGCCCUGGAUCAAAGCAACAUUCCCAACAUCAGCAGCGUUCAGGUUCCUGCAAAGGAAGGGACAAUGUCAGCACAGUUGGGAUACCCUGUUGUUGGGUGGCACAUUGCUAACAAGAAGCCUCACGUACCGAAAAGAGUCCGGCGGCAGCUUAACAACACUCCUACACCCGUGCCCUCUUUGCUUCCUCCGACAACGUACCCUGAGCCGGCCACCCGCAUUGUGCCCACACCUACGUCACCAUCGUUUGGACCAGCUUCGGACACUUCUGCACCUCCUAUGCGAGGUCCUGUACCAUUGCCUGUGCGACCUACUCAACGUGCCAGAGAAUCGAUUGCCCACACUCCCACAAUUGGGCCCCCUCAACCAACAAAAAUUAUGGACACCACCAGCACAAUUGCUAUUCAGCCUACAAUGACCAGAACAGUGGUUGUUGGUCCUUCUGUAACUCCAGCAACACCAACUACAAGGAAACCAACCAAGAAGCCCAGGAAACCCAAGACCACUCCAGUGCCAAGAGAGCCUAAGACGACCACACCCAAGCCGCCCAGACGCACCACCCCCUCAGUUGUUCUCCCAAGUGAUAAUGUGAGACCAGAGUUGCGUAACCCAAUUGAUCAGGUGAAGGCAUUCAUCGGCACGUACUUUGAAGUGAAGAUUCCAUCGGACACAUUCUUCGACAAAGAAGAUGGUACAACGGACAAGUUGAGACUAACCUUGAGGAGAAACAACGACGUCGUGGGAGAAGACUCUUGGAUUCAGUUCAAUAGCACAAGUCAGUUGCUUUAUGGAUUACCUGACUGGCAGCAUGUAGGCAAACAUGAGUACUUCAUGCAGGCAACUGACAAAGGUGGUCUUUACACGACGGAUGCCUUCGAGGUCCGGGUGAAUCGCUUUGGAAACAACUUCAAGUCACCAGUCCUGUUCGCUGCCCGAUUCCAAGGGGAACCUCAUUCUGUUACUAAUGACGUCCACAAGAAGAUCCUUCUCGUCAAGAAGCUGGCCUAUUCGUUUGGCGAUCGCAAUUCUAGUUCAAUCACUCUGAGGAAUAUCACCAAGGGUUCAAUUGUAGUGGAGUGGACCAACAACAGCCUCCAGCAGCACCCGUGCCCGAAGGAGCAGAUCCAGGCCAUGAGUCGACGGAUCUCCGAUGCUGACGGAAGGCCGUCGCAGACGUUCAACAAUGCCAUGGAGCCGGAGUUCAGACCCAUCAACAUCACCAUCAAAGGAACCGGAAGUUGUCUCAACUACAUGUUCGUUCCCCCAGGAGAGAUCCCAGACACGUUUCCUCCAGCAGUUACUCCUGCCGUGGGAGCCGGGCGACAGAGCACCGACGACGUUUACCUUCACACGGUCAUACCAGCUGUGGUUGUUGCGGCAAUUCUGCUGAUCGCUGGCAUCAUUGCCAUGAUUUGCUAUCGCAAGAAGCGCAAGGGCAAGCUUACCAUUGAAGACCAGGCGACGUUCAUCAAGAAAGGGGUGCCCAUCAUUUUCGCGGAUGAACUUGACGAUUCCAAGCCCCCUCCAUCGUCCAGCAUGCCCCUUAUCCUUCAAGAGGAGAAGCCUCCUCUUCCGCCACCUGAGUACCCAAACAUGCCCAUUCCAGAGACAACGCCUCUAAACCAGGACCUGAUGGGCGAGUACACAGGCCUACAAGAUGAGGACCCUAAUGCACCUCCUUACCAGCCUCCUCCACCCUUCUCCACUCCCAUGGAGGGUAAAGGGUCUCGCCCCAAGAACAUGACCCCCUACAGAUCCCCACCCCCUUACGUGCCACCCUAAUGUUUGCUGAUCCCUCCGGUUGUGGAGGACUAGGAACUUGUGCAGUUCCAACUCCAUUGUUGUCUCUUUGCAUUUUUGGAUGUUGGAGGGGCUCCACAGUUUGGGACAAUGCGACGGGAGGGUUGGGAGUAAUUUCUUUAAAAAAUCGAAAAAAUGAAACAAAAAAAUUGGACUGGACUUUUGGGGAAAGGGUGAGGAUGAGGGUGAGGAUGAGGGUGAGGGUGGGGGAUGUACCUAGGUAGUCUGCAAAGGACACCAAGAGCAACCUCAGCCUCUUGACUACUCUGGCUACUGCUGAACAGUUGGGAGAUGUGCCCUCCAAUCCUAGCGCUUUUGUGUCUAGAUGGGCUUUUUUGUUGUUUUAUCGUUUCUUUCUAUUUCUUUCCGACUGACUUCAGAAUCAAAACUACUUGCCUAACAGCCCUCUUUUUAUCUUCUGAACUGAACCGUUCUUGUGUUUUUGAAUAAUACAUAAAGACAAUAAGUAAACUGACUGCAGGUGCGAGAGAGAGAGAGUGUUUCGUAGGGACAUUCUAUGAAUGAGGAGAAAAACCUGAUGAUGACCUAGAGGAACUUGAACAGCCGUGCAGACGAUUACAGGCUGUCUGUUUCGAUUCAAUACAGUUCGCCUUUUAACAUUUAAUUAUACUGUUUUUAUCUUUAUUCACGUCUAGUAAAGAUGAGCAUAACAAGAGGUAGCCAAAAAGCUCGAUUAAGAGAGAGAGAUAGAACCUUUUUGUAUAUUGGAAAGGUUUGUUCUGCUUUUGUUUUUUUCUUCAUAAGUUUUAAAGUAAAUCUGAAAGAUUCUACGAAGCAAAUCUUUUUGGUGUUGUGCCCUGAAAUAAGAAUAAUAAAAAAAAUAAUAAUAAUAUGAAUAAUAAUCAAAAUAAGUCACUUGGGUCGAUGGGUAAAUUCUGGCUGUUUUUAGAGAGCGUUCGUUUCGGUCCUGUAACGUUUUUGGAGCUGGAGAUUUUUGGAGAUCUUAACGGGAAAUCACAGAUACGUACGAUAUGUACGUGAGCGAUGAUCUACUGUAAAGAAAAACGCUUCUGUUGUAUUCUGACUUUGCAUUUAUUCGGAAAAAUUGAACUAAAACAAAGAAAAGAGAGGCCUGGAACCAGAGUUUGAGCUUUGUGUGUGUAGUUAGAUGACAUGUUGGUUUUUAGUUUGAAGGGAACGCUAAUCAGGCGAAUCAGAAAUGUGGCAAACUCAUAACAUAUAUAUAUAUAUAUAUAUAUAUAUAUAUAUAUAUAUAUAUAUAUAUAUAUAUAUAUAUAUAUAUAUAUAUAUAAAACAAAUUUCACCGCAAGCAUUCGGCACCAGUCAGAAUCAGAACCUGCUCAGUCAGCUUUGCUCAUAUGAUUUAAAAGGCUCAAAAGGCCCAAUCUCAGCUAGGCUUUCAGAUUACUUUUAUUUUUUCUUAUUUUAAAAUGUUUUGGUUUGUAUUGUUCUUUAUUUUUAUUUUUUUUUUGUUUUUAACUCUUCAAUAAUGAUUAUGGAGUGUAUGCCUUGGAUUGACACAAAAUAACUGAAAAUAAAGACUGAAGAUUUUGAUAACUAAA